AUGGCUCUGGCGACAUUUGGAAAUUUAUUUCUUAUUUUCGUCAUAUUUCGAGGUAAUCAAGUUGUGAGACGACGGAUAUCGCCAGUUCAGCUUCUACUACUUCAUACUUGCGCUGCAGACUUGCUAUUCGCUCUGCUUACCUUGGGAACCGAGAUUUUGACAUUGGUCUCAUAUCCAAAAUUUCGAGGCUCGGAUUUGGCUUGCAAAGCGAUGCGCUAUGCACAAGUGUUUCCUAUGUACGCAAGUCCUUUCCUGCUGGUAGCCAUCAGUGCGGAUCGAUAUCAGGCAAUAUGUCGGCCGCUGGCAAACAUCCGUUCGUCUCGCUUUCGGCGACCAAAUUAUUUCGCUGCCGUUGCUUGGGUGUUAGCUCUUCUCUUCUCGAUACCACAACUUUUUAUCUGGAAAAAGAAAGAGAACGGUGAAUGUGCCACUAUUUAUGGAAGCAAAUCUCAUCUACUCAAAAAUCUUUACGUCAUUAGCUUCAACACAAUAGCAUGGCUUCUUCCGUCCAUAUUCGCAGCAUGUUUCUACUAUUGCGUGUGUAAAGCCGUUUGGAUGUCUCGAUCAAAAGCGGCCACUCAACAAGAGGCCAACAAACUGGAACCAAAGAAGAGUGAUGUGACUCAAGACUACAUCGAAAGAUUGCGAAAGAAAUCUUGUGGACAUCGACGUCAAAAUUCGGAAUAUGAUCGAAAACGGGUACAGACAGUAAGGCUCACAAUGACAAUUAUUGCUACAAACUUCUUCUUAUGGAUGCCUUUUUGCGUGGUCAACAUGAUCCAAGCCAUCAAACCCGAUGCUUUGAGUGCUAGCUUAAGUGUCUAUGUUAUGAUUCUGGGAAACCUGAAUUCAUGUGUAAAUCCAUGGCUGUACAUACUAUUCAAUCGAUCUCAAGCUGUAAAGGCUUUAUGUGGACGAAACGCAGUUGGAUAUACAAGUCAUCGAAGUGAGACCGAUGUGUCGUCAACCCGCCGAUCUGAACGGAAAACCUCCACUGCUAAUAGUUCAUUUCACCCUACAACAGACAGUGUGAAGAUGAAGGUGCGCCGAAACGUUUCUUUUCAAGCUCAAACAAAGACGCAAUGUGUCAACGGAGGAUCGGAGAGCGAUAUUCUUAUACGCAGAUAUCCGUGCUCGAUGUACUCGCGCAAAACGAAACGAAUGACUGAGAAAUCACUGUCAAACGGGUAUCGCACUUCUCUCCCUGAGAAUGACUCUGCUGUUGUGCUCGUCACCACAUCUGGGCGUGAACUGGCAAAUGGCGUCAACAGAGCCUAA